UCGCGGGGCUGAGGGGAGCGGGGCAGGACAGGGUCGGUCUCGCCGUGCAGCAGGGGCCCGGCUCCCUCCGGCGCUGAGGGGAGCGGGGCCCCGCGGGGAUCGGGGCUCCCUGUGAGGAGAGGGGCCCUGCGGGGAUCGAGGCCUCCUGAGGCGCUGGUAUAAAAGAUGAGGCUGAAUGAGAGCCGGACAAGAUCCUUCCAGGCUCCUGUCACCAUCCACAACUAUCCAGGCAGGCAGGUGUAUGUAUUUCCCAAUGGCCGAUCUGAUUCAGAAGAGUCAUCAGAGGAGGAACUCAACGUUACGGAAUUGCGACCGAGGGGCAAGGAGCAGCAGCGAUGCAGCACUUCUCGGGACAGAGUUGGAGAUGUGGUACUUCUGGAACGGGAGAUUACAGAGGAUGAUAAUCUUAACAAGCUAGCCCUGCAGUAUGGUUGUAAAGUUGCGGAUAUCAAACGCGUCAACAACUUCAUCCGGGAGCAGGACUUGUAUGCAUUGAAGUCCAUCAAGAUCCCCGUGAAGACCCACGGGCUGUUAACGGAGAACGGCAGAGAACUAAGGCCGCUCCCGACUGCGUCCUCCCAGACCGGCCUGACGCUCGUGGACUUACCGGAGCCUGAUGAUGGCGCGAGCAGCUCUGCUGAGGGCAGACACCUGAGUGACUACUUCAAGGGGAUUGACAAGAACAUUCAGGACGCGGUGCAGGCGGAGGUCCAGCUAAAUGCGGAGUUUUGUGUGGAGGCACCGGAGAGGCCACGGCCCGAGUCAGGGAAGCAGAAGACAAGUAACGGCGCAGACUGUGGCAUCCAGUGGUGGAAUGCAGUUUUUAUUAUGCUCCUGAUAGGAAUUGUCUUGCCAGUAUUUUAUAUCAUCUAUUUUAAAACACAAGCCCUGGUGGCCCAUACCUCCAACACAACACUAGCCUCAAAUAUUUCAACAGAAGGAUUGGAAGGGAAAUUACCAAGCUCAGGUGUAGAAAAAAAAUCCUAAGGGGGAGACGCAGCCACGUACAGCCUCUCCUCCCAGCACUGGAGCCUGUACGCCAGUGACGCUGACUCGAGUGCAUUCAGGGGGAUGACAAUACAGAUGAUUGGUUUUAAUUUUUUUAAGUAGCUGAUGUUAUAAUCCUGAAUGUGACUGAAAGUGAGGUGAGGUGAUUUUUUUGGGGGGGGGGAAAAAGGAUGCUGCUUAUAACGAUCAUCAGGCAGCUGGCUUACCAUUCGUGAACUCUGUUGAGGGACAGGAUUUUGUAGCAAUUUACUGUUGUUUGCUUCGGGUAUUUCUUAAUGCCUUGUCUAGGAAGCAAAUCCUUCGCUGCUGAGACAGAGAGUGCAGUAUUAAUGGAAAGUUGGGGGUUGUUUGCAUUUUAAAGAAACACAUUUUGCUUAGCGUAUAAGUGGGGAAUUUUUUUUUUUUUUUUUUCUCUGUACUGUCAUUUUAGCUCUUGCGGACCAUGGCAGUGUUGGCAUACUUAAGCCUAAAAUGAUGGCGUCCGGUGUAUUAAGCUGGGUGUGCCACGGCACAAGGGGCGCUGGCAGCACCUCACCUUUUCAUCCUUCUCAGUAAAUGUUUAUUAAGAUGCUUCAAGCCCACUGCCGGGAAGGGGGAGCCCAGGCCUCUGCUCCUCGAUGAAAUCCUUCAGAGAUGGCUCUUGAAGUCCGGUGUCUCUGCAGGUGGAGCUCAUUGCAGAACCCCUGCUUUUGCCAGGGUGCUGCUCGUCCAGCGCCAAAACAUCAGCGUGACCACAGAUGGCCGAGGAGUAUUGGAAGAGGCUGUGAGAGGAGCGUUAAGCCUGUGGUAUCACUGUCCUUCUCAAAGGCUCAUUUGCUGAGGGGAGGUCAAGCCAGUGUUACUUUAAAAAAAGAAUACUAUCUCCAUAAUGGUGCAUCUCAAACACCCAAUUUCAGACACGGACUGGAGGUCCUUGGUUGUAGUCUUCACGUGAGAGAGCACUGCUGAGCUGUGUUUAAUUUGCAAGGUCCAGGAAAGAAGCCCAGCGUUACCUUAGACAGUCACAGAAAGAAGUGGAAAUCCCUCAUGGGAUGGGGAUGGUGAAGCUGCUGCAUGUUAAAUAUUUCUGUGAACUGCUGCUGUUGCAUUAAAAAGCUUCUGAGCACAUAGGCAAGACCAGUGAAGCUUCGGAGGCUGGUGGUGUCCCGAGCCGUGGGUAAGUCAGUCUGAGGUCACAUCAGUGAACAGUACGCACUAGAGGGGUGCAGAAACAAGGCUUUGGGGAAUUUUGCUGCAGAGAAGAACGUGUCUCAAAAAUGUAAUUCAGCAAAUUCAGGGCCUGCGGGCAGAGGUAGAUGCUUUCCUGGAUCCUGACGCUAAGGUCUGUGGCAGCUCAGGUGUGUGGAGCCUGACCAGGGAUGGGGCAGUGUGUGACGGCAGCAGCUGAAAGCUGCUCUGCGCAGGAGGGGCCCGGCAGCAGCUGCUGAGGGCAGAGGUGGUGGGCAGGGGGACAGAGCCCUCCUUUGCCCUCCCUUGAACUAUCUUGUACUGAAAAAAAAACCACCAAACACCCUUGUACUUUUUCUUCUGUGAAGGAAAUGUAUCGCUCUCUUUUUCAGGAUGGGGUGGGUUAUGACAUUUUUAAAUAAAGCAAAAUGAAAUAAAAGCACAAGGGGCACCACCCACCCCAGACAGCUUGCGCUUUCUUUUUUGUCACCGCAACGCGACUGUGUUGUGUCACAGCCCCUGGACAGCCCCAUGCCCAGCCCCGUCUCCACAGGACACUGGGAACAGCACGCCUGACUGUAAACUCUUGGCAAUGCGGUUCUCACACGGCAUCAGUUCUUAAUUUGAAUGUAGUAGCAAGUAUAUGUAUAAUCAAGACAGAUUUUGGGGGGAAAAGAAUCA